AUGCCACAAUAUGCCAAAUUCCUCAAGGACAUAGUCUCGCGCAAGAAAAAGAUGGGGGAGUUUGAGAGUGUGAAGCUCAAUGAAGAAUGCAACGCGAUUUUGCAGAGGAAGCUGCCGGCGAAGAUCAAGGAUCUGGGCAGUUUCAAUAUUUCUUGCAUUAUUGGAGGCCAGCAUUUCGAGAAGGCACUGUGCGAUUUGGGGGCGAAUAUCAAUCUCAUGCCUUUAUCUGUUUUUCAGCAGCUGACAAUUGGGGAGUUGAAGCCUACAUCUAUGAGGCUGCAGAUGGCAGACAGGUCGGUCACUUAUCCAUGUGGAAUUGUGGAGGACGUGCUUGUCAAGGUGGGGGAUUUUAUUUUCCCUGCCGAUUUUGUGGUUUUAGACAUUGAGGAUGACAACAAAAUUCCGCUAAUUUUGGGGCGUUCGUUCCUUGCAACGGGAAGAGCUUUAAUUGAUGUGGAGAAAGAAGAGCUCACGCUGCGAGUUCAUGAUGAAAGCCAAAAGUUCUCUGUCUAUGAACCAUGUCGCAUCUACAAGGACGAAGUGCCCAAGAAAGCUAAAGUUACUGGAAAUGUAAGAGUUGACGUUCAAAAUAUAUUUAAUGAGGAUCAUCUUUCUUGGCAGGACCCAGGUGAUCAGAAUUCUAAGGGAUAA